UCUCGUUGAGUACAAACCGGGAAAUUUUUGAAAGUUGGUCGGUGUGGGCGUUGGUCGCUUUCACAAGCGCAACAAUCCUAUUAGUAAAACAUUUCUUUCAUGUACUGCAGAAUCUCAAUGGCGCAAGAAAUAUAUGACGAUCGAUCGGCUGGAAGAAUUUUGAAUGGAAGUCAGAAGAAAAACACCGUCGUUGGAGACUCGACUGUCAGAGAUGAAGUCUGUGAAGAAAGUAACCCAGCGAGUCCUGAACCUGAAGGCAAUAUGCAGCAUAUAACUCAAGCUCUAUUCCAAAAUGAAGGGAAAGCUAACGAUGAUGCAAGUGAUGAUGGGGAUGAAAAUGAGGAUGAUGACGACGAUGACAGUGGCACAGACAACUUCAACGCUAAGACAGGAACCCAGCUUCAGAGAUCUGAGCACAAUGGAGGAAUCAACUCAAGUUUACCAGACACAUUCAAAACAGACCAUCUCCUGUUUUAUGAAAGGUUCAAAGCCUACCAGGACUUCAUACUAGGUGACUGCAAGCCUUCAGAAGUCAAAUCCUUUACUGCUGACUACUUGAAAAAAGUGGUACAGUCAUUCGGUUGGCAAGCUCUGUGGUCUGCGGAGUUGUUUGACGUUCUUGUAGAGGUUUGUGAUGUCGACUUCAGUGAUCUCAAGGCUUGUGUGAAGCCCGUGCUUCCCCUGCAGUGUGAGCUCAAAGGAUGUGAAAUUAACGAGCAAGCUGUGACAGAGCUGUUGGAGGCAACCCAGCACAAGGUCCCUCUAAUAGAACUUCAGAUUGUCUAUGAAGAGUCGGGAGAGUACGACCAGACCGCCUUGGGCAUUGAGCAUCUCAGAUUCUUCUAUAAGCGUGUGUGGAGACUGUGGGAUGAAGAAGAUGAGGAUGAUGACUUUGACUACUUUGUCCGUUGUGUCGAGCCUCGGCUUAGACUGCACUAUGACAUAUUAGAGGAAAGAGUCCCAGCAGGUCUUGUGAAAGAAUACAAGCUCAUAUUAGAAAAGUGUACCCAGUGCUUUCAGCAGUUUUCAAUGCUACGCAGCCAUCUGAGCAGUGACUCUGACUCAGAACUAGAUAAUGUAUCCAUGGUGGAGGGCCUGAAGCUCUGCGAACAGCUGGAAAUAUUCAAACGGAAGUUGUACUUCAUUGAGAACCCACUGUUACGAUAUGUGCUGGGCUACAAAGGUAAUCCUCGACAUCAAUUCAUACAAAGUCGUGGGCUGAGAGAGUCAGGAAUCAAGGUUGCACAUGUGGUCACAUCCUCCUGCACCACAAAUCAGCUCCAGUCCCUCCUAAAUGACAGGCUUCUACAACACUUUUCCUCUGUGGGCACUGAGGUUCAGUUCCAUAGAGACCCAGUUUCUGCGGUGGAUUCGUGCCAUCAAGAUGACAUGGUCUUUGUUCUCCCAGGAGUAUACAGUGUUACCAGCUGCAUCCUGCUUCCAGACUCCAUCACUAUAGAGGGAUAUGGACCCCCUGAUGAGGUGGUGUUUGAGAAGAAGUAUACUGGAGACUCAUUUAUUGUGUCUACAGGAGCUGAAAUCAGAAUGUCCAACAUUAAAUUCAUUCAGCAUGAUGCAAUUGAGGGUAUUUUAUGUGUGAGAAAGGGAAGUCUGUCCAUGGAGAAUUGUGUGCUUCAGUGUGAGACCACCGGAGUUGUUGUCCAAACAUCUUCCCACCUCACUAUGAAUAUGUGUGAUCUAUAUGGAUCCAAGGGAGCUGGUAUUGAGAUUUAUCCUGGCAGUGUGUGCACUCUGGUAGGCAACGGCAUCCACCAUUGUAAGGAUGGCAUUCUCAUCAAGAUGAACCAACCAAUGGACUUGAUUGAUGAGGUGGAGGUGAUCCCUUCCAUUACCAUGGAUAACAAUGUGAUUCAUAAUAAUGAAGGCUAUGGGGUGAUUCUUGUAAAACCCACUCACACUGACAGGAACAUUCAUCUUGACAAUUGUGCUUACAAAGAUGAGCUAGUAAAAGAUGUUGAACAGACGUUUGAAGACGGAUUGCGGAAAAAUGUUGCUGGACACCCAAUCCCCUCAUCAAGCGAGAUUACAAGCAAUUCAGAAGACGCUCCACCCAAAUUGACAGAGAAUACACAUCAAGACCGUAAUGCCAACUCGGCAAGGAACUGGCAGUUUUGUCGUCAGCCAAGCGUUAACAAGAACACAUCCUGUACACUUGCUCUGCAAGACAUUAUUGACCACAAGAUAUUCAUAUCUAUUGAGGGAAACCAGUUCAAACGCAAUGGCAUGGGUGACUUUGGCACUUUUUUAUACUAAGAAAUCCAAACAACACUCUGAUCUACAAAUUGACUUAACCCUUUAAUAUAUACGCGCGCGUGUUAAACUUGUGCAAGGUACCAUUAUUUUGAUGGUCCCAGAGGUUUGUGGGCAAUUGACACACUUCUAAAUGCAGUAUAACCAUUUUUAAUACUCGAAAAUCCUUAACAGUUUGAAUGCCUUAAGUUUGGUGUCAUAGACUCUGCUUCGCACAGGACUUUUGCUUUCACUGCUGCCAGUUCAGUUUCUGCUUGUUUUAGGGCUAUUUGCGUUCAUUUUUGUGCUCACUAAGUUGAGAUCAGGUAAUUAACUUGCUAAAAGUCCACACUUUAAUCAGAUCUUGCAUUUAAUAUUCCAAAUCCAUUGUGCUAAUGUCUAAAGGCAUAAUCCGAACAAUCCUGUCCAAAUAGUUGUGGACCUGACCAUGCAUUUUCAAGGUGGUGAAGGUACGUAUCUAUCCCCUUGUGUAAUAGUUGUAUGUGACUCAACCAAUCUUGGCAACAGUCAAGAUGGAUGAGAAAGAAGAAGCAUACCGAGCAAAGGCAAUAAACGUACUGUAGAGGUCAUACAAACGAAUACCAACUUUUUAAGUUUUACAAUAUAGUGUCCUGGCCUCUAAAACCUAAUGCCACUGUUCGAAUGUUUUUUUUUAAUAUAUAGUUAUUCACAAACUGACUCACAAUUGUUUUGAGGAAUACAUUUCUUUGUUAUUGUUCAGUAUUUUUGUAUUUUGUUGUUGGUUUUUGCUGAGUGCACUGACCCUGUCGAGAUGAUCACAAAAAGUAAAAGGUAUUCUUCCACAUGGCAACAUUUAGUACAGAUUGUACGUUGUUUCUGAUCUGUUCAUACACAAAUGUUUUCCCUGAACAAGCACUCAAUUCACCUAUUUAACUUGGAUGUAAAAUGUGUCACUUAACUGUAGUCACUUGAUGUCUUUACAAAUAGAAUUUUGAGAUGAACAAUA